AUGGAGAGAACCAUGCGGCUGGCCUCGCGGCCGGCCUCGGCCUCGGGCUCCCCGCUCUCUCCGAGCCUGGCGAUGCUGGAGCGAGCUGCCCGGCUCUCCGAUGAAGCCAUGGCAGCCCAGGUGACCUCCUCCAUGGGUCGGAGUUGGAACCUGGGGGCCGUUGCGCCCGCGGAGUUGGAUGGCACAUCUUUGCGGAAGACCCGUCGAUUUGGCCGCAUUUGUUCCGCUGACCGACAGCGAGAUUGUGAAGCUGCCGCGCAUGGAGGAAGAGAACAUGCCGCGAACUUCAAGUAG